GGGUGGCUGCGCGGCAUGAGUAGAGCGAUGCGUGCGGCUUGGCGGCUGGGGGCUGCCGCCGUGCGGUGCCGGGCUGGGCGCCCGCUGAGUCAUGCGGCCGGGGAGGGUGGCGGCGCUGCCGCCGAGGGCAGCGGCGGCGGCGGCGGCUCAGGGUCGCGGGAGGCGAUAGAGCGGCUGGUGCGGGAGCACCCGGUGGUGGUGUUCAUGAAGGGCAGCCCGGAACAGCCGCUCUGCGGCUUCAGCAACGCUGUCGUGCAGAUCCUGCGCCUGCACGGCGUGGAGGACUACCGCGCCCACGAUGUCCUACAGGACCCCGACCUCCGCCAAGGAAUAAAAAACUAUUCCAACUGGCCUACCAUCCCACAAGUGUACCUCAAUGGUGAAUUUGUUGGUGGCUGUGACAUACUCCUCCAGAUGCAUCAGAAUGGAGAUCUCGUAGAAGAGCUGAAGAAGCUAGGAAUCCGUUCAGCACUUCUGGAUGCAGAAAAAGACCAAGACAAAAAGUAAAAUGAG